AUGAUGGUCAUCGCUUGCAUCUCACCCCGCAACCCCUUGGUGACCUCUUCGACUUCCUUUCUCACCAUCGCAUGCCACUGGCAUGGGGUGACCGAGAGUUGUUGGAUGUGGAGAGGGGAGCCUUUCCAGCGACUCUCCAAGCGUCCAGCACAUGCCACGGUGGUGUUGGCGCACCAAGCAGUGAGAGGACAAAACGAAAACCUGACCCAGCAGAGGGAGAUGGUAGAAAAACCUGCUGAAGAUGCUGAGUGUUCUGCAGGACCAGAAUCAAAAUCUUUCCGAGACGGUGCAGCAGUUGUCAAACAAUGGAGGCCAUCGGUGCAGCCCUUGCCCCGAGAGGUGGCUACAGCGAGGGGAGAAACUGCUACUACUUUUCCACCAAGUGGAACUCUUGGGAAGAAGGCAGAGCCCAGUGUGGCGACACUCAACUCCAGACUUCUUAAAAUAGAGAGUAAGGAAGAGCUGGCUUUCAUGCUGGAGUCAGCUCAGGCCUAUAGUGCUUUCUGGAUCGGCUUGUUCCGCAGCACAGCUGGUGGGCCUUGGUUGUGGGAGGGACAACAGCACCUUCUCCAGCGAUCUGCUUAA